AUGUCUGCGGAAUUCGACGAUGUCCUCACAAAUCAGCCAGUAGUCAUUGACAAUGGUUCCGGAACUAUAAAGGCAGGUUUCGCUGGUCAAGACCACCCCAAAUGUUUCUUUCCAUCGUUUGUAGGCCGACCGAAACAUGUCCGUGUAUUGGCCGGCGCGCUUGAGGGCGACGUAUUCAUCGGUAAACGCGCACAAGAGUUCCGAGGAUUGCUCAAGAUCAAGUACCCUAUGGAACAUGGAAUAGUGACAGAUUGGGAUGAUAUGGAACGGAUAUGGAGCUGGGUGUACGCUGAGGAACUUGGAACAUUGAGUGAAGAGCACCCAGUCCUACUAACAGAAGCGCCAUUAAAUCCAAGAAGUAAUCGAGAUAUUGCAGCGCAAAUAUUCUUCGACACAUUCAACGUACCAGCAUUGUACACUUCCGUACAAGCCGUUCUUUCAUUAUAUUCAUCCGGGCGAACAACUGGAAUCGUGCUAGAUUCCGGAGACGGUGUCACACACGCAGUACCAGUAUACGAGGGAUUCUCAAUGCCUCACGCCAUAAGACGAGUGGACAUCGCAGGACGAGACGUAACAGAUCACCUACAAUUAUUACUACGAAAGUCCGGCCACCACUUACAUACAACAGCAGAACGAGAAAUAGUUCGGACGAUCAAGGAAAAAUGUUGUUACGUCGCGCUGAAUCCUGCAAAGGAGGAAAAAGAUGCGGUUGGACAUACCGAGGAAUUCAGACUACCGGAUGGGGCCGUCAUUCAGCUGGGCGCUGAGAGAUUCCGUGCCCCAGAAUUACUGUUCAACCCAGAGAUAAUCGGGCAGGAAUAUGCCGGUGUACACCAGGUUAUCGUUGACUCGAUUAACCGCGUGGAUUUGGAUCUGCGGAAGAGUUUAUUUUCGAACAUCGUGCUGAGUGGCGGAAGCACACUAUGCAGAGGCUUUGGUGAUCGACUUCUAAACGAAGUGAAGAAACUUGCACUCAAAGAUGUCAAAAUCAAAAUUUACGCACCUCCUGAACGUAAAUACUCUACUUGGAUAGGCGGCUCGAUUUUGGCGGGUUUGAACGCUUUCAAGAAGAUGUGGGUUUCUGCAGAGGAAUACCAAGAGGAUCCAGAUAUCAUCCACAAGAAAGCUGGCUUUUGA